AUUAUCAGUCUGCUAGCUGAGUGACAUCAGUGGGCAAGCAGGGCCUUCUGAAAGCUGACAUCGCCCCAGGAAGAUAUCUGGCUCUCUGGCAGGUAUACAAGCCCCUCCACAGGGAAUGACGGCGUUCCGCCUAGUGAGGCUUCUCCUGAGGGCUGCGCUGCUCUCACUUCUGCUCCACCACCAGCCCGUGCUCUGCUCAGAAGAGGACAUGGAGACCCUGUGGGUCAGGUGGAAGGGGGACUUUGGCGUCUCCUACAGUGAGAAGAGCAAUGAGGAACAGAGAAAAUACAUCUGGGAGGAGAACUUGGAGAUGAUCAAGGUCAACAAUGAGAACUUCUACAGGGGAUCCAGCUCUUUCCUGAUGGCCAUGAAUAAGUACGGGGCGCUGACCCAGCAGGAAUACAGACAGCUGCAGGGGACCAUGGUAGACAGGUGGACGGUGAAGCCAGGCAAGACCGUGUCGGCCGCAAAGCUCCGAGCCGCUGCUAAGAAGAAGAAGUUCAAUGACAUCGACUACCGGACCUUAGGCUAUGUCACGCCUGUGAAGGAUCAGGGCUUCUGUGGCUCAUGCUGGGCCUUCAGCACUACAGGAGCCAUUGAGGGACAAAUGUAUAAGACGACAGGACGCCUGGUGUCCCUAAGCGAGCAGCACCUGAUGGACUGCUCGCGGUCCUAUGGCACGUAUGGCUGCAGCGGGGCCUGGAUGGCCAAUGCUUACGACUACGUGGUGAACAACGGGCUUCCGCCAGAGAACUCUUACCCCUACUCUGCGGUGGAUAACCAGCAUUGCUACUAUGAUAGCAACAUGAUUGUCGCCCGGAUCAGGGACUAUCGGUUCAUUCCUGCUGGUGACGACGAGGCCUUGGCCAAUGCCUUGGUCGCCAUUGGUCCCAUCACGGUUGCCGUGGAUGCAGACCACCCCAGCUUCCUGUUCUACAGCUCUGGAAUCUACAACGAGCCGGAUUGCAGACCUGAGAACCUGAAUCAUGCCGUACUACUUGUGGGCUACGGUAGAGAAGGGAAAAAUGACUAUUGGAUCAUCAAAAACAGUUGGGGAGCUGGCUGGGGUGAGGGUGGCUACAUGCGGAUGUCCAGGAGGAGAGAAAACGCCUGUGGCAUCUCCAGCUAUGCGCUGUACCCCGUCGUAUGA